AUGGCUGCGGCCAUCGCCAGUUCCCUAAUCCGACAAAAGCGCCAGGCCCGCGAGUCCAACAGUGAGAAGGUCGCCACCAACAAGAGGCGCUCUAGUCCCACUAAGGAUACUAAAUCAUUUAGACAUAUCUUCAGUGUCUUUAGCAAAGUCCGUUUCUGCAGCGGCAACGGCAAGAAGAAACCAGUACGACGGAAACCAGAGCCGCAGCUGAAGGGCAUCGUGACGCGUCUCUUCAGCGAGCAGGGCUUCUUCCUGCAGAUGCAACCUGACGGAACCAUCAGUGGAAACAAGGACGAGAACAGCGACAACACUCUCUUCAACCUGAUCCCAGUGGGCCUGCGGGUGGUAGCCAUGCAGGGCGUCAAGGCUGGACUGUACAUGGCCAUGAAUGCCGAGGGCUUUCUCUACACGUCGGACAUCUUCACUGCUGAGUGUAAGUUCAAGGAGUCCGUGUUUGAGAACUACUACGUCAUCUACUCGUCCACCCUGUACCGGCAGCACGAGUCAGGUCGGGCUUGGUUCUUAGGCCUCAACAAGGACGGUGUCAUCAUGAAGGGCAACCGCGUGAAGAAAACCAAACCCUGUUCUCACUUUGUUCCCAGACCCAUUGAAGUGUGCAUGUACAAAGAGCCGUCACUGCACGAGCUGGAGGAGAAGCUUCUCCAAACCUCGCGAAGUCCCACUCUGAACGGCGAGGAGCCAGCCAGGAGCCCGCGGAGAGCCACAGAGGGUCGGGACGAGGACGGCCAGCGGGAGGACGACGACGAGGACUGCACAGAGCGGGAGGGCUCGUAG